AUGGCAGUAGAUGGGGUUGCACCCAGAGCUAAAAUGAAUCAACAACGUGGUAGACGGUUUAGAACUGCAAAAGAUGCAGCUGAAGCCGUUAGGAGAGCAAAACAAAAAGGUGAAGAGUUGCCAAAAGAAGCUCCAUUUGAUAGUAAUUGUAUUACUCCAGGCACCGAAUUCAUGACAAAAUUAUCACAUCAACUUAAAUAUUUUAUUAAUAAAAAGGUGACCGAGGACUCAAAUUGGGGAAAUGUAAAAAUAGUAUUAUCUGGACAUGAAGUACCAGGUGAAGGAGAACAUAAAAUCAUGGAAUAUAUUCGUAGUGCUAAAGCACAAUCCGAUUAUGAUCCCAAUGUUAGACAUUGUUUAUAUGGUUUGGAUGCAGAUUUAAUAAUGUUGGGUCUUUUGAGUCACGAUCCUCACUUUGCUUUGCUUAGAGAGGAAGUCACUUUCGGACCCAGCAAAAAGAAAAAGCAUGGACGCAUAGAGUCACAAAAUUUUUACCUCAUGCAUUUAUCCCUUUUACGCGAAUAUUUGGAUCUUGAAUUUUCCACUCUUCGCGAAUCUCUUACAUUCGAGUAUAAUCUCGAAAGAAUAAUAGACGAUUUUAUUUUAUUAGCAUUAUUUGUUGGUAAUGAUUUUAUACCACAUUUGCCUAGUCUUCACAUAGCUGAAGGGGCACUUGGAUUAAUGUUUAGAGUCUACAAAAAGACAUUACAACAAGCCGGUGGUUAUAUAAAUAAUGGAGGAUUAUUAGAUAUGAAACGAUUAGAGAUGAUAUUUAAAGAAUUAGGUGAUUUUGAAAGGGACAUUUUUACAAGUGAAUCUGAUGAUCAAAAAUGGUUCAAGGGAAAACAGAAGAGUCAUUUAGAACAGAUAGAGAAGAAUAAAAACAAUAAAAAAUUAGUAUUGUCGCCAAGGCAAAAAGACAUCUUCGAAAAGAUAAAAGAAUUAGUUAAAUCACGAUCGGAUGAACCUGAGCAUUUCCCAUCUGAUUAUCCAGCUCGAGACCGUGUUUUUAUUCAGAAUUUGGCUAAGGAAUUACAUAUUCAACAAUUAGUUGAAUGCGACGAAGGAACAGAAGAUAAGCACUUAUAUGUACAAUAUGAUUCAGAAGGAGAGUCUGAUGAUGACAUGAUAGCUACAAGGGAAAAGGUAUUUCGUAAAUAUGAAAAAGCCGACGUUAUUGAAGAUGAUGAUGCUGAAGCUUUUGAAGAGAAGGAGAGACAAAAAAAUGAAUUGAAGUUUAUUGAGUGUAAAAAAGAUUACUAUAAGAAAAAGAUGAAUAUAGAUUAUGAUAACCCAGAACAAAUCGAUAAAUUAAUUGGUUCAUAUGUGGAAGGAUUACAAUGGGUUUUACAUUACUAUUAUAACGGUGUUGCAUCUUGGGGAUGGUUUUAUCCUUAUCAUUAUUCACCAAAAAUUACAGAUCUACAAGGUCUAGAAAGAUUUGAUAUAAAAUUUGAACUCGGGAAACCAUUUAAACCAUUCGAACAAUUAAUGGGUGUUUUACCAGAAGGGAGCAAACACCUUUUACCUCUUCCACAUCAGGUACUUAUGACUGAUCCUAAUUCUCCAAUCAUAGAUUUUUAUCCCACCGAAUUUGAUCUUGAUAUGAAUGGGAAAAAGCAAGAUUGGGAGGCAGUGGUUAACAUUCCCUUCAUUGAUCAAGAUAGAUUAAUUGCUGCAUUAGAUUCUAAUGAACAUUUAUUAACGGAAGAAGAAAAGGAGAGAAAUAAAAUUGGAAAAAGUCUACAGUUCACAUAUGAUCCUGAUCUCGAAGAAAACCAUACGUAUUCUUCUUCUUUACCAGGUUUCUUCUCAGAUGUCCAACAUUGUCAUUGUCGUAUGAAAGAAUUCCACCUUCCAACGCUUAAUGGAUUAAAAUUACUUAAAGGAUUGUGUGAUGGUGUCAAAUUAGGUAUAGAAGCAAUGGCAGGUUUUCCAUCACUGGAAACGAUACCUCACACAGGGGCACUUCAACAACACGGUGUUAAUGUUUUUAAUUCUGAGAGCAAAAAUGAAACAAUGGUCAUUACGUUAAAAAACCAAUUCGAAAACAAAAAAAUCGAAGAUAUAGCGAAAGAAAUUAUUGGAAAAAGAAUAUUUGUUGGUUGGCCUUUUCUUCAAGAAGCUAAAGUUCAGGCUAUAUCCAAUGAUCGUUGCAGAUAUGAAUUGCCCUCUUAUUCCGAUGGUAUCAAACAUGUCACAAAAACUGUACAUAGAUCCGAGAACCUAGAAUCUUGGCGUAAGAAAGCCGAAAAGUUAGAACAUGUAUAUAGCAAAAGAUUUGGAACAAUUACAGGAACCGUGGAAGUUGUUGCACACGUUUUGAUGCUUAAAGGGUUAAAGAGGUUAGGUAAUGGUGAAUUGGUAAAAGAAUAUGCUAACGUGGGGGAAGAAGUAGAUUAUGCAAUACAGACAACCGUGAGCAGCAUUGAGUCUGAGGAUCCUCGAUUUGAAGAGAAGCCUCCAAUCCCUAUUGAAGAGGAAUUUCCGAUAAGAACGCCAAUAUUCUUUUUGAGUAGUCCUCUUUAUGGAAGUCCAGGACAUAUUUACCAGAAUUCAGAAAAAAAAUUAGCUGUUAAAAUUGGGUAUAAUAUUAGCAAGGAACCUGAUUUUGGUUUAUUAAUCGCACAAGAAUUUGCUAAUCGGGUUAAAUAUUAUCCGUCUUACUAUGUCGCGAAAGAGUUGGAUAUGACAGGCCUAACAUUAAGUAAACUGACCGCUAGCCUACAUGUGAUUUGUAAAUCAACAGAUCAACGAGUAAAUCUUGGUCUCAAUUUAAAAUUUGAAGCCAAGAAACAAAAGGUAUUAGGUUAUACUAGAAAAACGAAGGAUUUCGGUUGGGAAUAUAGUGAAAAGGCCAUGGAAAUUUUGGCACAAUAUAUGGAAAAAUUCCCGGAAUUUAUCCGAGCACUGGAAAGCAAGCACAAAGACGAAAUAUACUCUGCGGAAGACUUUUAUCCUAAAGCGGAGAAAGCGGAGGCAGUUGAAAGAAUUCGUGCUAUUAAGGAUUGGCUCAAAACUGUAGAAGUAAGAGAUUUUGAGAAGGUGUCAUUGGAUGCAGAACAAUUAGAUAAGGAAGCUAUUGCGAAAGUUGAAAAAGCCGCUGAUGAAUAUAAUAAAAAACAAAUUUAUUGUAAACUUGUUGUCGACAAAGUUCCACGGCAUGUAUUACUGAAGCCAGAACAUGCCUUAACUCGGUUACAGGGUCAGAAUUUCAAUCUUGGGGAUCGUGUUGUUUUCGUUCAAGAUUCUGGUAGGGUCCCAAUUGGAGCUAAAGGUACAGUGGUUGGCAUCGAGAAAUCUAAUAUAGAUGUUUUGUUCGACGUUUCAUUCAUGAGUGGAUCUACAUUGGGCGAUAGGUCCAAUAGGCCUCGGGGCGGUUCUGGCGGAAUGAAUGGAUACGCGAACGUGGGUUCGCUUCGCCCACGUUCGUAUAUUGGAGGAUCGAUUUAUCCUCCUCAAAACAAUUUUCGAGGGGGGAGAGGAGGAAGUGCUGGGUUUUUACACCGAGGGAGCAGUCGUGGUGGACAUUUCGGCAACGGAAUUUCAUCACGAGGAAGGGGGAGAGAUGAUGGGAAAACUUAA